GUUCGAUCUAAUCACAAUUCCUUUAUCAAACGGGUCUGCAUUGCAACUUUUAGGGCCAUUGCGUCAACUAUCGUACUUCUUAUCAACGAUUUAGUAUGGAGGCAGAUCUUAUAAGGUCACUACCAUGGACUAUCCAAAUGGGGACUCUCCUUUCGAUUCUCCUAGCACCCACUACAGAACAGCUAAGAUCCUAGUGUUGUAUCCCAUGUUUUUUGUUCUACGGAUCAAGCGGCUUGAAAGUCUGGGAAUGGACGCUCAGAGAGGCAGUGAGGAAGUAGAGACCCGAUAUUGAGGUCAUCUUAGCCAAGAU